AUGGCCCGUCGUCCCGCGAGAUGCUACCGCUACUGCAAGAACAAGCCCUACCCCAAGUCCCGGUUCAACCGUGGUGUUCCCGACCCUAAGAUUCGUAUCUUCGAUCUUGGUCGUAAGAAGGCCAACGUGGACGACUUCCCCACCUGUGUCCACCUGGUCUCCAACGAGUACGAGCAGCUGUCCUCCGAGGCUCUCGAAGCCGCCCGUAUUUGCGCCAACAAGUACCUCGUGAAGAUCGCCGGUAAGGAAGGUUUCCACCUCCGUGUCCGUGUCCACCCCUUCCACGUCGUCCGUAUCAACAAGAUGCUGUCGUGCGCUGGUGCCGAUCGUCUGCAGACCGGUAUGCGUGGUGCCUACGGAAAGCCCCAGGGUCUCGUCGCCCGUGUCAACAUCGGCCAGAUCAUUCUGUCUGUCCGUACCCGUGACGCCCACCGCCCCACCGCUCUGGAGGCUCUCCGCCGCUCCAUGUACAAGUUCCCCGGCCGCCAAAAGAUCAUUGUCUCCAAGAACUGGGGCUUCACCCCCGUUCGUCGUGAGGACUACGUUCAGCUCCGCCAGGAGGGCAAGCUCCGCCAGGACGGUGCCUACGUUCAGUUCCUCCGUGGCCACGGUCAGAUCGAGGAGAACAUGAAGCGCUUCCCCGGUGCCUUCGAGACUUCCGCUUAG